AUGGAUGUCUACUUCAGAUUCCUCAUCACAAAAAGCGCGGUAGCGCCCCUAGAGCUAUCAGGGACAAUGCUAUGGCGUUUGCUAACGCACUACCAAGUCAUGCCCCAGUUCCUGGACUUCAUAUGUCUAUAUGGGUCAUCAGACACUGAGGAUAAUGGUCUGCGAUUCAGCGGCUUCAAAAGCGCGAAGGUGCUCAAAAACCCAACGCCAGCAAUGUGUAUUCCACAAAUGGAUCGGAGUGGCAGAGCCUUCCAGCUAUGCUACAACCUCAAGGUAACUAGGUGGGGAGAAGUGGAUAAUACCAUGAGUUGGACUAUCGAGCAGUAUGCCAUAUAUCAUCGCUUCGACGUCGGUACCGGCGUUCAAGUCUGGAUGAUUGGUGACCCCCAUGCUGAGAUAAAGGAGCGUGUAGGUGAGAUGUUUCGCGAAAGGGGCGCGCACCAGUCGAAGUUUGACACCAUCGACCACGCCUUAGGAUCUUCCCUUGAGACGCACUUGGCACUUGCAGCAUGGGUCACGUCUCAAUGGAAGCGUGCCGUACUUGAUCUUGGCAAGAUCAUAAAUGAUCUGAACCUGGAAAUUGCCUAUAUCGAAGCCACUUUUGACCGGGAAAACCAGAGUUCGGCCACUUUAGGGGAGGUGCAAAAGUGGGAGGACAAAACCAAUGAAACCGCAAUAAUAAUGGCGUUCAACGUCAACGUCUUGAAGCUGUUUAGAGAAUUCUAUAAAGGGCUCGUUCACGAUGAAGACUUUCCCAAUAGAGAGAGGUGGGCCUGCCAACAAGAGGUUCAUAAGUUUGCAUCCCAAGUCGAUGAGGUCAUUGAUGAGGCCGAGAUGCUUGCCUCGAUGGCGACAGGGCUGGCGAAAGUCUUCAUCCAAUUCCUUCAGGGACAAACUGCCGCUGUUGCGUACGAAUUGAACAUCAAAAUGUUUGAGCAAGCGAAUCAAAGCGCUACCGAGGCAAUCGCAAUGCGGAUAAUCACCGUCGUUACUUUGAUAUAUCUUCCUGCAACUUUCUCCAGUACAUUCUUUAGCACGGAUAUUGUCAAAUAUCAAGAUGGCGAAAGCUUUUCCUGGCUUGCUCUGACUAGGUUCAUGCAAGUUACCGUUCCCCUCAUGUUUCUGACAUUCCUCAUCGCUGGAGGCUGGUUUUGGGUCGAGUCGAAAAAGAGAUCUUCCCCAACUCGAAGUUGGGAGAAGCGAGACAGCACGGAUGAAUAG